AUGGCGGCUGGGGACGCUGCAGGAGGCUGUGUGCACCCAUCUCAGGCCGCAGGCUGCAGUGCUUGUCGCCACUCUCUGAGCUUUGCCAUACCUCCCAAGGACAACAAGAAGAAGCAUUCCAGGAAGUCUGCCAAAGACAAAGAGCCAGUAAAUAAGUCUGGUGGCAAGACCAAAAAGAAGAAGUGGUCCAAGGGUAAAUUUUGGGACAAGCUUAACAACCUGGUCUUGUUUGACAAAGCCCCAUUCGACAAAUUAUGUAAGGAAGUUCCCAACUAUAAGCUUAUUACUCCAGCUGUGGUCUCUGAAAGAUUGAAGAUUCAUGGUUCCUUGACCAGGGCAGCACUUCAGGAGCUACUUAGUAAAGGACUUAUCAAACUGGUUUCAAAGCACAGAGCCCAAGUAAUUUACACCAGAAAAGCAAAUGGUGGAGAUGCUCCAGCUGCUCGUGAAGAUGCAAGAGCAGUUCAAUCAGCUGUGCAUUUUGAAUAA